GGUCCCCUGGUGUUCCUGGAGCAGGCGCUGAUCCAGUACGCCCUGCAGAGCCUCCGCGCCAGGGGCUACACUCCCGUCUACACCCCGUUCUUCAUGCGGAAGGAGGUGAUGCAGGAGGGGGCCCAGCUCAGCCAGUUCGACGAGGAGCUCUACAAGGUGAUUGGCAAAGGCAGUGAGAAGACAGACGACAGCUCCAUCGACGAGAAGUACCUGAUCGCCACCUCGGAGCAGCCCAUCGCCGCGCUGCACCGCGACGAGUGGCUGAGGCCGGAGGAUCUGCCCAUCAAGUACGCGGGGUUGUCCACCUGCUUUCGGCAGGGGGUGGGGUCCCACGGCCGCGACACCCGCGGCAUCUUCCGCGUCCACCAGUUCGAGAAGAUCGAGCAGUUUGUUUACGCUUCGCCCCACGACAACAAGUCCUGGGAGAUGUUUGAGGAGAUGAUGGGCACGGCCGAGGAUUUCUACCGCUCCCUGGGCAUCCCCUACCGCAUCGUCAACAUCGUCUCGG